AUGGCAACAAAAGUGCCGAGGAUCAAAUUGGGUAAACAAGGUCUUGAGGUGUCAGCUCAGGGACUAGGUUGCAUGGGCAUGUCCGCUUUCUACGGCCCUCCCAAGCCCGAUGCCGACAUGAUCAAACUCAUCCACCAUGCCGUCGACAGUGGUAUCACCUUCCUUGACACCUCCGACAUAUAUGGGCCUCACACUAACGAAAUCCUUGUCGGAAAGGCUUUGAAGGGAGGGGUGAGAGAGAAAGUGGAAUUAGCGACGAAAUUUGGGAUCAGGUUCACAGACGGGAACAGAGAUAUUUGUGGUGAUCCGGCAUAUGUGCGGGCUGCUUGUGAGGCCAGCUUGAAGCGGCUUGACAUCGAUUGCAUUGACUUGUAUUACCAGCAUCGCAUUGACACUCGAUUGCCCAUUGAAGUUACGAUGGGAGAACUCAAGAAACUUGUUGAAGAGGGGAAAAUAAAAUACAUAGGUCUAUCUGAGGCCUCAGCCUCUACCAUUAGAAGAGCACAUGCUCAUCACCCAAUAACAGCUGUUCAGCUGGAGUGGUCUUUGUGGUCAAGAGACGUGGAGGAAGAAAUUAUUCCUACUUGCAGGGAGCUUGGAAUUGGGAUUGUUGCAUACAGUCCUCUGGGACGCGGAUUCUUCUCGUCGGGCCCAAAGCUAUUGGAUAGCUUGUCAAAUGAGGACUUCCGGAAGGUUAGUCCUAUAUACCACAAGUCUCUUGAUUUCAGAAUAAUAACAUAG